AUGAAGACAAAAUGUAGGAGGAAAGAGGAGGAGGAGCGGCAGGUGGUGCAUGCUCUAGAGGAGGAGAAAGAAGGAUUAGCUUCCCGCUGCGCCGCCCUGCAAGCUGACCUGGAGGAGAAUCAGAGGCAGGCCAACAGCCAACGAGACCAGAGGGAUACUGCCCAGACCAGAAUAAAGGAUCUAGAGGAGAAACUGCACAACACCUGUCAGGAGCUGACUGCCUUGCAGAGCCACAGUAGCAGCCUAGAAGCUCUGCUUUCCUCCAAAGACACAGAGUUGGCAACUAAACAUGAACAACUUGAUCACCUUUGUCGUGAUUUUGCAGAAGUGCAGACGCUGUACAGACGGAGCACAGAGCAUGCAGCGGAGCAGAGCCACCUGAUUAAGCAACUGGAAGGACUCAACCUCGACACACAGCGAGUUCUGCGGAACCAAGAAGAGGCUCACUCUGCUGACGCUACCUCCUAUCAGCAGCUAUACAAAGAGUUGAGUCAGUGCUACCAGGCUCUCGUGUCUAGUGAGGCCAAGCUCCGCCAGAGUCACCAGGAGCUGAGCAGCCAGCUGGCGCAGAAAGACCAACAGAUCUUAGAACUCCAAGCUGGCCUACAACAGCAGCAGCAGGAACAAAUACAACUUCAACAGGAGCUGCAGCUGCAACAACAGCCUCAGCUAACAGCCAUUUACCCCUCUCCUCAAAAACAAACCAACUUUAAGGCGCUGGCGUCAGAGCAGGUUGAUGCGGUAGCCCAGAAGUCUAGCCCUGACCAGGCCUCUACUCGAGGUUCAUGUCCCAGGCCAGAGGGUAGUACUUUCCAUCAGAGAUCUGCCAGCUCCAUUAGAAGACAACAGGGUGCACCAGUGCAGCGGUCCAGGUCCCUGUCUCCAGCCGGCAGCGCCGGGUUCGGAAGUGAGAGGAGAAAAGAGGCAGAAGAGAGGAUUCGAGACCUCGAGGAGCUGCUGCAAUUGAAGAUGGAGGAAAAUGAAGAGCUGAGGAGAGCUCACGAUAAACGUCGUGAACGCCUGCGUUUGAUUCAGACCAACUACAAGGCAGUCAGAGAUCAGCUGAAAGAGAUGGAGAAAUCAAAUGGCAUGCCAGGUGGAAGGAUACAGCGUGCAGCGCCGUGGCAGCUGCGGCAAGAGGACAGUGAUGCUGUAUGGAAUGAGCUGGCCUACUUGAAAAACCUCACCAGAAAACUCUCUAUUGAAAAAGCUGGCUUGGAAGAAGAGCUUGACAUGCUGCGAGUCCAGGCUGCUAUGGACCGGGCCACAGUAAAGGAACUCCACCUCUGUCUUGCAAACAAACACCAAGAAUUACUUCACAAAAUGGUUGAGGAGCACCAGGUCAAAAGCAGCACUCCGAAAAAGCCUUCUCUUCUUUCAGGUCGAAUGGCGCAGUUAUUGAAAAAGAUUGAUCAACUGGAGCAAAGAAUGAUAAGCAUGGAGGAGCAGACAGAAAGGCUGAAAGAUGAAAAAGAGCAGCUACUCGAAGUCAACGAAGACUUGGCCCACAACUGCCGCAAACUCCAAGCCUCUUUGGAUCAUCAAAGAACUCAAGAAGCUGCUCGUGAAAAGGCAGCCCAUGCACAGGCCGUGGCUCAGGAGGAGCAGCACUGUAGUGAGGUCAAGGCUCUAGAAGUACAGCUGGCCUCAUCUCAGAAAGAGGCUACAAAGCUUCAUCAGCAGUUGCUGAAGCUGAGACAGGAGCUGGGGAUUCUCAGAGCAGCUAAGGACUUCUAUAGAAAUCGUGCUGCAGGACCGAUGCGGGCAGGUGGGAUCGCUAACAGCAUUAGCAGCAAGGUCAAAUUCAAAACAACCAGGCACAGAGGUCUGCUACGGCAGCGCAGCCACCAAAGAGUCAGCGCCAAUCAAGCCAUCAGCUGGCAAGGGCCAAGCUCCAGUGCCGCUAAAGACGAGUGGGAGGACAUGAGCGUAGAAAGUGACAGUGCAGAGGAGUACUCGGACAGUCUCAACAGCCUGCCCUCGGGGACGGUGCCUCACAGACAGCACACUAAUAGACAGUCCUACAGGUGGUCGCCGAUCUCAAACACAGAAGCACCAGCGGCAGAAUCUCACAGAAAACAACCCGACGUUCUGGCCCGAGACGAUAAACAGCGUGAGCCGUGGGACCGUGGGACAAGAGGAGAGAAAAGUCGGCAGAGGAGGAAGAGGAUGCUUGUGAAGACCCAGCGCUGCUCCUCCUCUUCUCUGCAGCAGCGCAUCGAGUCUCUACAGCGUCACGUUGACAUACUGCGAAGUGCCAGGAAAGAUGCUAUGCUUUCAGCCAGAGAUCUACAAAGGGCCAAUGAGAUGAUCACAGCACAGCUCAACUCCCUCACUGAGAAGCUGUGCAGCAGCAAGCAGCUCACGCAGAAGCUGACCUCUGACCUGGCUGGUGUGCAGCAGCAGAAAAAGGUUUUGGAGAUGGAGUUGAAGCAGUGGAAGCAGAUCAAAUUCCCCCCGCAAACUACAAUACCACCAACAGCACCAGCGAACGUAGAGUGCUCCUGCCAGUGCAGAACCAUACCUGCCCUGGCUAACCCUGCCCUCCAAGCCCUGGAGGCUGAGGUCAAACAACUUCAAGCCAAACUUAAGAGUGCAAGUGCGGAGGUCACGAGGCAGGUGGCGGCUAACAAAGCCCUGCGAGGCCAGCUCCAGGAGAAGGAGGACAAACUCUGCCAGCUGCAGGAUAAGCUGAGCCACACAGAGCGAGAUGUGAACAUGAAAAGGCAGCUGGUGGAGGACCUGAAGACACGACUCAAGUUCCUGCAGGAAAUGGAGAAAAGUUACCGGGGACAGGUGGAGGAGCUAGAAAAGAAGGUGAAGACUUUAUCAGAGGAGGCCAGCAACAGAAAGGCCCUAAUCGAAUCCCUGAAGAGAAGGCUGAAUGUGGCAACAACAGAGAAAAGCCAGUACGAGGCCUCCUGUGCAAAACUGAAAGAGGACUUGGAAAAAAAGGAACAGCGCAUGCAUGCCCUACAGGCUCGUGUGGGAGCUGGUGAACAGGCUUUGGCUGCACUGGAACAGACAGCCACUGAGCAAAUGGAGGGGUUGACCCAGCAGAGCUCCCAUGCCUUGGAAAGGGUUCAGAGGCAGCUAGGCCAGGCCUACUCCCAACUGGAGCAGCUACAUUCUUUUAUCAAGGCCCUGGCCAGUGAAAUACUUUUAGACGUUCAAGAGGUCAAGCAGCAGUUGAUGAAGAGGAGGAGGUUGAGGCAGGCCAACUCUGUGGCAGCAAAGGGCGGCCUCUCAGCCAAGUCUAUGAUCAAAGCCAAGUCCAUUGCUGCCUCCAUCCUCAAUAUGUCAGAGAAUGAUCUCGCAGACAUAAUGGAAACUGAUCAGGGGACGGCAGAUUGCUCAGAGUAUCCCAGAGAUCAGCAGUGGCUGGCCCAUGUAAACCACAUUCUCCAGCAGAAGAUCCCCUCUGCCGGCCAGCUAAUGGAGGCUGUGCGCGUGAAGAUGAAGGAGAGGAAAGUGCUGACAGAAGAGCUGGCCACGCUCGCAACACCAGUCAGCGAAAAAGCCUGACUCCCUGGGCUGAGGCUGGGAAAACUGUCAUCCUCUUCUUUUCCUCCCUCCCUUCUUCUCUCGCUCCCCAGCUCCUACUCGGUGGGAGCCGGGCUGAGCCAAGCUGGGCCGGGGCAGCAGAACCAAUAUUUGUGAGAAAAGCGCUGUCGACUCACUCUGGGCCACUGGCUCAACGCAGCACCCCAGCUUUUGUAAAUGAGCCCUCGACAUCUGUGUUAGCACUCACUGCACUAUGUCUAUCAGACAGGGCCCUUUAGUGCCAAGCUAAUUUACAGUGCAGCCACUCUCCUCCGCUCUCAACGCAGACCUGGGGUGAUAAGGCAAAUGCUUACUCUAAUGUUUAAAUUACACUUUUUGAAACUUUCUUUUACCCCUUUCCCUCUAAUUUAUUUGGAACCUCAAGAACUUUUAGGUUGCAGGGACUUGACCUACGCAUGCCUAGU